AGAUAAUUCUUCUCUUAACCUAUAAGUUUGUGUCUCCUCGAUCUCUCUUAGGACAUUGCUUUAGCUUCUGGAGGCUGCUCAUUAGAUCUCUAUUAGUGGGUUUAGGUCAAGUUCUGGAUAUGGAUAAGGAGAAAUCUCCUGCACCACCACCUAGUGGAGGUCUUCCUCCACCAUCAGGUCGUUACUCUGCGUUUUCACCUAAUGGAAGUAGCUUUGCAAUGAAAGCUGAAUCAUCGUUUCCUCACUUGACUCCAAGUGGGAGCAAUAGCUCAGAUGCUAACCGAUUCAGCCACGAUAUAAGCCGAAUGCCGGAUAAUCCACCUAAGAACCUAGGCCAUCGCCGGGCUCAUUCAGAGAUUCUUACUCUUCCUGAUGACUUAAGCUUUGAUAGUGAUCUUGGUGUGGUUGGUGCUGCUGAUGGACCUUCUUUCUCUGAUGAUACGGAUGAGGACUUACUAUAUAUGUAUCUUGAUAUGGAUAAAUUCAAUUCUUCUGCUACAUCGACUUCUCAAAUGGGUGAGCCAUCAGAACCAGCUUGGAGGAAUGAAUUAGGCUCGACUUCUAACCUUCAGAAUACACCUGGUAGCUCUAGUGAAAGACCGAGAAUCAGGCACCAACACAGCCAAUCGAUGGAUGGUUCGACAACUAUCAAGCCUGAGAUGCUUAUUACAGGGAAUGAAGAUGUGUCUGGAGUUGACUCUAAGAAAGCUAUUUCUGCUGCUAAACUCUCUGAGCUUGCUCUCAUUGAUCCUAAACGUGCUAAGAGGAUAUGGGCAAACAGACAGUCUGCUGCGAGGUCAAAAGAAAGGAAGAUGAGAUAUAUUGCAGAGCUCGAGAGAAAAGUACAGACUUUACAAACAGAGGCCACAUCUCUCUCAGCCCAGUUGACUCUGUUACAGAGAGAUACAAAUGGCCUGAGUGUUGAAAACAAUGAGCUUAAACUGCGAGUACAAACUAUGGAGCAACAGGUUCACCUACAGGACGCUUUAAAUGAUGCACUGAAGGAGGAAGUCCAGCAUCUUAAGGUAUUGACGGGGCAAGGUCCAUCAAAUGGUACAUCAAUGAUGAACUACGGUUCUUUCGGAUCAAACCAGCAAUUUUAUCCCAAUAAUCAGUCGAUGCACACUAUCUUAGCCGCACAACAGUUCCAGCAGCUCCAGAUCCAGUCACAGAAACAGCAGCAGCAACAACAACAUCAGCAACAACAACAGCAGCAGCAACAACAACACCAGCAGCAGCAGCAAUUUCAGUUUCAGCAGCAGCAACUGUAUCAGUUUCAACAGCAGCAGCGGCUUCAACAGCAGGAACAACAAAGCGGGGCUUCAGAACUAAGAAGACCCAUGCCUUCUCCAGGUCAGAAAGAGAGUGUGGCGUCGCCUGAUCUUGAAGCUCCCUUGACAAAAGACUGAGUGUAGACUGUGCUAAUGUCCAAUUUAGUAAGUUACUCUUGGAAAUCUCCUUUUUCAUUGCAGGCUUGUGGAUUUGGGAUUAUUGCAUUAUAGAGUUAAAAACAAGACAGCUUAGAAGUUGCGUAUUUAGAAGUUGUUAGUGAAGCUUUGGUUCUUAUCUGUUGGUAGUUUACAAUCUUCUCUUUGUAUGAUCCUAAGCUCUUAAAAGGUUCUUGGAUUUGGUCAUUUGGUUAGAACUGGGUUCUUAAUCCAAGUCUGUAGUCGUUUAACUAUAUUCAUAUUCUUUGGCUUCUGUUCAUUUUGGUUAUUUGAAAAGUUUCAUUUGGUCUUGGCUUUGAAGAUUGUGAUGUCUAAAUAAAACCUUGAAUUUGCG